AUGUCUAUGAGAGAAAAAGGGUCAUCCCUAUUGAAAGAUAAGAAUGAUAUGGCUCUUGCUUACACAAUCAAUGUUCAAACACCCGCACAACUUGUCGAUAUAAUGACAGAACAAGGUAUUUAUCUUCCAAUGAAUAUUAGUUUAUAUCAAAUAUCGAAUAUACGUUUUAUUCUAAUAACCCAACGUCUACGACAAAUUCCAUUUGAUAUUAUUAAAAUUGAAGAUUCAUGGUUUAUUGAUCGAAUAUUAAAUGAUGCAAUAUUAGAAUAUUUGAAAUGUGGUGAUCGACUGUUGGUGGUUAAUAACACUAUGAUUAGUGAAUUAGAUGAAACAGAUAUAUUCAAAUUCAUUUUAUAUAGCUCAUUACCAAUUGUAUUGUGGGUUACAUGGGAUGCAGAUACGUAUCUGAAGAAUCAAGCGGCAUUGGAGCAAGGAGCAUAUGAAAAUGCUUAUAUAAAUGCAAAAGCUUACCUAUUAAAAACUACUAGUUAUCUUGAUAUUAGCUUAUACGAUCAUUUAUCGCUUAUAUUAGCACAAGCCAUUCGAUAUUCAUCAGUUAACAUGGCGGAUUUAUUUGAAAAAUUAAGUCGUGAUAUUAAGUCUCAUACACAAGGUACUAUGAUAAAAACGUAUUUAAGAGACCCGCAUGAAAAAUCAUCCAAAAUGGAUAUUACUCUACUACAACGAGAAUUAUUAAAAACAAAAUCGCGUGAACUUUUACAACCAGAUGAUUUUGUUAUUAAAUCUGUACCCUACGUGAUGGAUGUUGCCUAUUUUUGUUCAAGUGCUGGAUAUGGAAUGCAUAUGAGUGAAUUUAUUUUAAUCUGGGCAGCAAUGAAAAAAUUAGAAAAUCAGAUUGAAUAUUUAGAUAUGAAAUUUUGGGGAAAAAUAUUUGGUAUCUAUUGCGAUUAUUACAUAAUUCAACUAGUUACCACACAGGAUGUGCUACCUGAUGAAAUUGAUAUCAGCGAUCCAUUUCCUAGAAAGAAACAUUCACGACAUAAGUCAGUAGUGAUGAUUGAUGGAAAACAAGAAAAAACAAUGAAAUCAACGUACAAAAAAAAAGAUAAUUCUGCUCAAAAAUCCAAAAUUCAGUCAAUGUGGCAACCAUCACUAGAAAUUCCAGCUGAAGAAAGAGGGAAGGGAAUAAAUUAUUUUACAUAUUUUGUUUGUAAUUCACCUGGCUUCCCUUGGCAAAAAUUACCUGAUGCUAAACCACUUUAUAUUCAACAAGCAAGACAAAUUCGUUCAUUAUUUACUGGUUGUUUAACAGCUCAAGUCAAUGGUUAUCCACCAUUUGAAGGCGUCGAAAAAGAUUAUUUACGUGCACAAAUAGCGCGAAUAACAGCAACAACACAUGUAGCACCAGCUGGUCACUUCAUCGCCACAGAGGAUGGUGAAGAAAUGUUUGAAGGAAGGGAUGAAGGUGCAGGUAUCGAACUUAAUCCAGAUAACGAAGCAAUCGAUAUUACAUCGGAAAUGCUAGCAUCUGAAUCGUUGGAUAGAUGGGUUCAUCAUGUACAAGAAAUUCUACCACAAGGUCGAACAUCAUUCUGGAAGCCUGAAAAGUCAUUAAGUGAUGUGAGCGAAGAAGAUGAAGAAAAUGAACAAACAGAGAUAGACGAAAUUCAAAUCCCAGCACCAUUAUUACAACCGAUUAACGAAGACAAAGAACUUCCUUACAUGAGAGACAAACAAAAACUAUGGUCAGUUGGGUUGACAUUGAAUGUUAUGCAUGAAUAUGCACUGUGCUAUUUGAGAUCGAAUGUAUGGCCGGGUGCAUUUACACUGGCACAGUCAGCAAAUUUUAUUAAUCUGUACGUUGGUUGGGGCCAAAAAUAUGAGCCAUUUGAACCGGCAAAACCGUCAGCACCGCAACACGAAUAUUCCACCAAAUUUGAUGACGCAACUUUAAUAGAAAUAAACGAUCCAACAGUCGAACAAGAACAAGUAGCUAAAGAAAUUAAAGAAGCUGCCGAAGAGACAGGGACAGAAGAAACAGACGUUACAGAUUAUGACGGAAGUGAGGAAACAAGCGACGAAGAUUAA